AUGACAUCGUCGCCGAAAACGACCACCCCGGCGACCGGCGCCGUCUCACACCCCGCUCACGCACUGCUCUCUCGCGCCCACUCUCCAGACACAGCGUCGCGCAUCUUCACCGACAAGGUCCGCAACAAACCGCUUCUCCUGCAGCCCACGUCGUCGUCCGACAGGGACAAACGCGCUCUCCGGCGGCACAUCCGGCUCCGCAAGAAGGAAUACCACCUGCGCAAACGCAAGCCCCGGCCCCUCAGCGCAAAGGAGAAGCGCGACACGGGCGUCUUCAAACUGCACAAGGACGAGAUCAAGUACGACGUGUACGUGAAGCUGCACGAGCUGUGGAACGCGUACAUGCUGGAGGUCCUCGGGUACACCAAGGACGGCGAGGCGGUAGAAGGCAGGCUCGGCAAGACACUCACGGCGCAGGGCGGCGCGGGUGGACUCUUGGCCAGCGCGGACUUCCACGGCGCGAUGCUCGAGGUCGUCAGCGCCACCGACGUCGGUAAAGUCGGACUCAGGGGCAUCGUCGUCCGGGACACCAAGUACACCUUUGUCCUGGUGACGGAGCGGAACAAGGUCAAGACGGUCCCGAAGCGGGAUUGCGUCUUUCGGUAUCGAGUCGACCUACCGCGGCUGCCGGGGGGGGAAGACACGGGCGCGAAAGAAAAUGAAGACGGACCUGAGAAAGAUGAGGACGGCAAAGAAGGGGCGCAAUCGGCCCGAGGGGACGCAAAGAGUAAAGCGCAAGCCGAAGCGUCCGGCGCCAGAGCCGGGACUGGGAGGAGUGUGACCUUCGAGGUGCACGGAAACCAGUUCGAGUUCAGACCGGCCGACAGAGCGAGCAGGAAAUUCAAGUGGAAGGUGACGGAUUAUCUUUGA